AUGAACUGCUGUUUUACUUGGAGUCUCUUGAGUUAUGGGGAGCCUAACAUACCCGAAAUCGAAAUCGAGGAGAAAAAAACAUCUCCCGUUGAGGAAAGCGAGGGUCGUUUAGUGGAGGGUGAUUUGGAAGAUGAUGAUGAUGCCACGCCAUUGAUCGAAGAAAAAUCGCGCGAAUUGGACAAAAUUUGGCAUGAAAACGGAGAUUUGAGUGGGAAAGUUAAGAUCGAAGAAGUUCUCGAAUCGAACGAUGAGAAAUCAUCGGAGGCCGACUCGUUCGACUUGGAGAAGGUGAAUGUCGACUCGCUCGACUCCCCUCCUCGAUCUCCAUGGACAAGAAUCGAGGAUCGUGAAAAAGAAGAAGACGUUGAUAUUAUACAUGAGCUCAAAGUGAAACAAGAAAAACAACAACAAGAAGAUGAUGGUGAUGGUGAUGAUGAUGAACAACAGGCCGAAAGUUCUGAUUCGGGGUCAAACCGGGCCGAGAGCUCGUCCCCCGACACAUCAAUGGCCGACAUACUUCCGAUGCUCGACGAACGGCACCCGCUACUAGACGAGGACGCCCCCCGACCGGUGUAUGGCUUGGCGUCCUCGGAUAAGUCGAGCGUUCGAAGCCACGACUCGGAUGAUGAAUACGAGACUCACGACGAGGCGCGAGAGGAGAUCGAAGGAGGCAUCGAUUACCCGUUUUGUCUCACUCCCAUCUCGACCCGGAGGCAGAACAACCCGUUUGAUCUUCCUAAUGAUAAUUCUUGCAAUGAUUUAGGCUUGCCGCCAAUUCCGGGCUCGGCUCCUUCAGUCUUGAUCCAGAGGCAUAACCCGUUCGACAUUCCUUACGACCCGAAUGAGGAGAAGCCGAACCUAAUGGGGGACGGGUUCAAGGAGGAGUUUUCGGCUUUCCAGCCGAGGGAGGCUGUUUUCAGGAGGCACAAGAGCUUUAAUAAUGUGGGGCCUUUGGUUUUCGGAUCCGGGAGGAGGGAUGCGAGGAUGAGGCCGUAUUUUGUGCCCGAGGGCUCGAUUUUGGAGGAGUCACCUUCCUCAUCGUUCAGGCGGCAGUCGAGCGGACUUAGCGAGUCGAAGGUUAGUUUGGCUCCCGAGACUGAGUCGAUUGUUUCGGUCGAGGAUUUGGAAGACAAGAAGCUGUCGGUCGAUCAAGAAAUAGGGAAAGCUUUCCAGGGCACACCAGGAGACCAAGAGCCAAUUUCCCAUCAAGAAAAAGAAGAUGAAGAAGAAAAUCGAGAAUUGGAACCAAUAUCCCAAACUGUGAAUGUUUCGGAGCAUGUGGGACAUCAAGAAAAAGAAGAUGAAGAAGAAGAAAAUCUAGAAUUGGAACCAAUAUCCGAGAUUGUGAAUGUUUCGGAGCAUGUGGGACAUGGGAGUCAAUCUUCGGAUGACGAAGAAUCUUCAGAGUUAGACCAAGAUGAUUCGAACUAUGAAGGUGGUGAACACGUGUACAGAAGGGAAUCGAGCUCAUCUUCACUUUCGGAAGUGAGUGAAAGGGUUUUCACCGAAAUAGAAAGUGGCAAAGGUUUUCCGGUGUUGGACGAAAGACGAUAUGGUGUUGCUCAAGAGCCCGGCAAUUUGAAUCAGACUUCUAUGGAAAGUACUAAUUCGGGUACUUUGCUUGCUGAUGUCCCUCAAUGGACAUUGUCGAUUCUAGAGAGAACAACAAUUGGGCGAUUUUCUGAGGGUCUGAUGAGUGACGAACAUGCGAUGAUGGGCAAUGAAGAAGAUAGAGAGACUGUUCGAUCACAAGAGUCUGAUGCAGAUGCUUAUGAAAGAGCUGAUGAGAAGGCAAUUUCGAUGCCUUCGGUUGAUGGAAAUUCUUAUCCGUUUGAUGAUGCUAGAGAAAUGCACAUACCAUAUUCUGGGCAUCUCGAUGAAGUGCGGGUUCUCUUGGCGGGUAGUACAUUGCAGGAAAGUGUCCUAAUCGAGUCAUCUGAGGAGGAUGUUCAAGUUACACAGGAUUUGAACAUUCUUGAGACAGAUUCUCAUAUAACAACUGAAGAAGUAGAUGAUAUUAAAGACAUUGACGAGGAAUUGUUGUCCGAGUUGGAUAAUGUUGGGGACUUUAGUGUCAACCAAUGGGGACUCGGCUCAAGCGAGAUCGAAAAACGCAUAGAUUAUUCCGUUGAAGAAAUAUUCGCGCAAGAUAUCAAAAUUAACAACACGAGAGUUGCUGCUGACAUUGACUUGGACUAA